AUGGAGAAUAAAGCUUUUUCCAGUUCUAUUAACCUUAGGCAGUUUAACAAUCGGAUUAACAAAAUUUCUUUGGAAUCAUCAUAG